AUGCCCGUAACCCCCAAUAUCCAAAUCCUCCGAGUUUUUGAGAAAAGGCCCUUCUCAACCCGUCGCCGAGAUGAGCGUCGUUCACGUUCUCAGCUGAGUCCUGCUCAGCUACGCACACGUUCAUCUGCAUCAACCGUAACUCGUCCCAGUCAAGUCAUCUAUCUUGCAGAUACUCCGGUGACUAUCGUCGAUCAUGGUACCAGCGAGCUCAACAUCCAGCCUCAGCAGUCUCUCAAUCUGGAUCCUGACCCUCUUGCAUCUCCUUUGAACCGUCUACGCCGCAGAACAAGCAAGUGGUUUGCCAACAAGCGUGCUGCCCAAGCAAUCAAAGCCCAAACCGAGAGUCAAGACGAAGCCCAAAGACUCUCAGAAAUCCCAAAACCCUCCAAAGCAGUUCACUUCGAUGGCGCCCCGGAAUACAUCGAGGACAAAUUCUACAGUACCCCUUCUUCGGGAAUCUGUCCCUCCCUGACACUGUUGUUCGACGUGUCCCCCGACGCCGAAGAUCUGGCCUACCUAUCGAGUACCGCAAUGACAGUCAGCGGUCCUAACUCUCGCAAGGGUUCUAUGUUUGCAGGCCAUACUCCUCCGGGCUCCAUCCAUUCCACUGUUCCGACCAUAGUCAUUCACUCAAACACAGGAGACAUAGCUCCGAGUACACCCAAAGACUUGACCGAAGUACUCAAGAAGUUUCCUAUCGAUGAAAGAUCUCCCAGAAUGCAGCCAACCAGGAUUGAAACAAUCGAGGAUAUCUCCGCAGUCAAGGUCUAUCUGGAAACGUUCUACAAUGAACGCUACGUUCAACCGAGAUCCGAGCGCUGUGUUCGAAGACAGCGCCUACUCGAUCACCUUGCCCAAAGCUCUUUGUCAUCGUCCGAGAAAGACGGACUGCUUCGAUCAUGGGAGCAGUCCGAGUCAACUCAUCUUCGGCAAUUACGUACUCUCAAAGCAACUUCAGUUGCAAGACACGCUACCAGAGGUGUAUUUCAUGCUGGCUUCCAGGAGGUUCGCAUCCUUGGCAGAGGCACUUUUGGACUGGUCAAACUUGUGACCGAUGCCGAUCAUUUCGUCGCCGAAGACCCAUCACCUUGUAUGUCAAAUGGUACUCCGUGUCCUACUUUGGUGCCUCGUGGAUCGCAGAACCCUCAUCUCAUGAAGCACUACUACGCCAUGAAAGUCAUUCGAAAGGCAGAAAUGAUCCGAACCAGUCAAGAGGGCCAUCUUCGUGGUGAAAGAGACUUUCUCAUCAAAGCAGAAGGGUCACAAUGGGUGGUUCCGUUGAUCGCAAGUUUCCAAGAUAACACGAAUCUGUAUCUGGUCAUGGAGUUCAUGAUCGGAGGAGACUUCCUCCAAUAUUUGUGCCGUCACGAUAUACUCAGUGAGGAAGACACCAGGUUCUACAUGGCGGAAAUGGUCCUGGCCAUCGAGGAGACUCACAGAUUAGGAUGGAUCCACCGCGAUAUCAAGCCAGACAACUUCUUGAUACAUUCCUCUGGUCACCUGAGAAUAUCUGACUUUGGCCUCGCAUUCGACGGUCAUUGGUCCCACAUAAACGACUACUAUGACACUACGCGGCACUCCAUCUUGAACAAAUACAAGAUCAACAUGCAAGGUGAUGUUCAGGAUAUUCAAGCUGCAGCGCGCCGUACCCAUGCUGGACUUCGUGUCACAAGCGGCCGUCUACCGUACGAGAUGAACAGUGCACGCGAUAUGGAAGAACUUUUGAGGGAACCCGAGAGGAUGCGGAAGGAACGUCCUCAGAGUAUUGUAGGCACGAAGCAAUACAUGGCUCCAGAAGUGAUUCAAGGUCACACAUAUGAUGGCAGAUGUGAUUGGUGGAGCCUUGGCUGCAUUGUCUAUGAGUGCUUCUACUCGAGAACACCGUUUCUUAGUGCGGACAGGCAAGUAACAGCGAGGAACAUCGUGCCACCAUUCGUACCCGAGCCAGUGGAAGACAUUGCGAUGUACUUCGAGCAUGAAGACACUUUCGUCAAUGAUGUCGGGACGAGCUAUAUGAGCCGGCGAGAGAAAGUCAGACCACAUGCCGAACCGGGGUUCAACGAAAGACUGCUAGGUCCUUACUUUGAGAGAUGGCAAGCUGAACAGCGAGAGAUCGAGAAAGUUCAGAUGGGCAUCGAAACCUGGACUGACGCCAACGUCGAAGCGUGCAAAAGAGAGAAAGGCGAGCGCUGGGAGGCUUUCAAGCAAACCAGAAUCAGAAAAACGCGUGAACGCAAGAUACAAGAGGGCAGGGAUCCGGAUCUGGAGAUCAAGCAGAUUCUGGGACCGCGACCUCGAAAAUGCAGACCCAAGGACAUUAUGGUGCGCGACUUGCGCUAUGGAGAGCGGGUAUUGGAGNNCCGAAGGNNGAAGAGGGGAGCGUUCUUGGGAUACACAUACCGAAGCCCUCGAUACGUGUUUCCAGAGGUUGGCAAGGAGAGAAGGCCAGUCUUCUCACGACCUACGAUUAUACCUGUGACCGACGAGGCCGAUGAAUGA